AUGUCGGACGCCGAUUUUGAGACCAUCAAGAGGCUUCAGCAGGAGCGCAAUGCUGCUGCUUCCCACAAGAACGGUCCCGUCGCCCCGGGCCAGCGCACCGACCCGACCAAGCAGAAGCUCACGGACAGCGCCGACAACGAUCUCUACGAGCGUGACGGUGGCGACAAGUAUUCCGGAUACCACACUUCGCUCCCCAUGGGUGACGAUGGCGACGACGACGAAAUGGAUGACGCCGGCGACAGCACACGACGUCUGGUGGGGCAAUACACGGCCUCACGCGACGUGAUUGACGAGUUUGCCCGAGGCAGUGGCGUCGAGGAGGAGGACGUGCUGGCUGGCCGGGGUGAGAAGAGCGGACGUAUCGCCGACCGCGAGACCGACUACCAGAAGCGUCGCUUCAACCGCGUCCUCACACCGACCAGGGCCGAUGCCUUUGCCGAGAACCGUCAGGCUGGCGCGUCGGAGAAUGGGGUCAGCUACCGAGAAAUUAUGGACUCGCGUGACCUCGAGCGCGAGGAGGAAAGAGUGCGCCGCGCCAUCGAAUCGAAGCAGAAUGGCCGAGAGAAUGGCGACGAUGAGGCCAUGCCGACCCUGCAGAACGGCGACAAGGAGAAUGCCGAGGCGGGAUCCACCGAGGCCGUUACUGCCGGCAGGAAGCGCAAGAAGCGCUGGGACGUCUCAUCAACGACACCUGCCGACGACGAGGCCAAGGCUGCUACGGAUGGAGCUGACGGUGCCAAACCCAAGAGAUCGCGCUGGGACCAGGCCCCCUCUGUCGGGCCGGACGCUGGCAAGAAGAGGUCUCGCUGGGACCAGGCUCCGUCGGCGACGCCCAUGGGUAACCAGGGCUUGGCCACGCCCGCGCCGCAGACGUCCCAGCUUCCGGCCGUGCCGCAAGCCUUUGGCAACGACAUCUCCAGCCGCAAUGCGGCCCUCAGUGACGAUGAGCUCAACAUGCUCCUGCCCGGCGAGGAUGAGGGCUACAAGAUCCUCGAGCCCCCGCCAGGCUACGAGCCGAUCCGCGCGCCGGCCCACAAGCUCACGGCUACUCCGGCGCCCCAGACUGGCUUCAUGAUGCAGGACCCUGACCAGGUGCGGCUGGGCGGCAAGCCCAUGCCCGCCGAGAUCCCUGGAAUUGGCGACCUGCAGUUCUUCAAGCCUGAGGACAUGGCCUACUUUGGCAAGCUCACCGAGAGCUCGGAUGAGAACGCACUCAGCGUGGAGGAGCUGAAGCAGCGCAAGAUCAUGCGGCUCCUCCUCAAGAUCAAGAACGGGACGCCGCCCAUGCGCAAGACGGCCCUGCGACAGAUUACCGACAAUGCCAGGCAGUUCGGCGCGGGCCCGCUGUUCGACCAGAUCCUGCCGCUGCUCAUGGAGAAGACGCUCGAGGACCAGGAGCGCCACCUGCUGGUCAAGGUCAUCGACCGCAUCCUCUACAAGCUCGACGACCUGGUGCGUCCCUACGUGCACAAGAUCCUUGUUGUGAUCGAGCCGCUGCUCAUCGACCAAGACUACUACGCGCGCGUCGAGGGUCGCGAGAUCAUCUCCAACCUGAGUAAGGCGGCCGGCCUGGCGACCAUGAUCAGCACCAUGAGGCCCGACAUCGACCACGUGGACGAGUAUGUGCGCAACACUACCGCCAGGGCGUUUGCCGUGGUGGCCUCGGCGCUGGGCAUCCCGGCCCUGCUACCGUUCCUGCGGGCCGUGUGCCGAAGCAAGAAGUCGUGGCAGGCGCGCCACACGGGCGUCAAGAUUGUGCAGCAGAUCCCCAUCCUGAUGGGCUGCGCGGUUCUCCCGCACCUCAAGGGCCUGGUGGACUGCAUCGGCCCCAACCUCAACGACGAGCAGACCAAGGUCAGGACGGUGACGAGCCUGGCGAUCGCGGCGCUGGCCGAGGCGUCGAACCCGUACGGUAUCGAGAGCUUCGACGAGAUCCUGAACCCUCUGUGGACGGGAGCUCGCAAGCAGCGCGGCAAAGGCCUGGCCGGCUUCCUCAAGGCGGUAGGGUACAUCAUUCCGCUGAUGGACGAGGAGUACGCCAACUACUACACGAGCCAGAUCAUGGAGAUCCUGCUGCGCGAGUUCUCGUCGCCGGACGAGGAGAUGAAGAAGGUCGUGCUCAAGGUGGUGUCGCAGUGCGCGGGCACCGAGGGCGUGACGGCGGGCUACCUCAAGGAGCACGUGCUGGACGACUUCUUCAAGAGCUUCUGGGUGCGGCGGAUGGCGCUGGACAAGCGCAACUACCGGCAGGUGGUGGAGACGACGGUGGACGUCGGACAGAAGGUGGGGGUGGGGGAGAUUGUGGAGCGGGUGGUCAACAACCUCAAGGACGAGAGUGAGGCGUACCGUAAGAUGACGGUGGAGACGGUGGAGAAGAUCGUGACGAGCCUGGGAGCGGCCGACAUCGGCGAGCGGCUGGAGGAGCGGCUCAUCGACGGCAUCCUGCACGCGUUCCAGGAGCAGACGGUGGAGGACGUGGUGAUGCUGAACGGGUUCGGGUCGGUGGUGAACGCGUUGGGGACGCGGUGCAAGCCGUACCUGCCGCAGAUAGUCAGCACGAUCCUGUGGCGGCUCAACAACAAGUCGGCGACGGUGCGGCAGCAGGCGGCCGACCUGAUCUCGCGCAUCGCCAUGGUGAUGAAGCAGUGCGGCGAGGACGCGCUGAUGGGCAAGCUGGGCGUGGUGCUGUACGAGUACCUGGGCGAGGAGUACCCGGAGGUGCUGGGGUCGAUCCUGGGGGCUCUGCGGUCGAUCGUGACGGUGGUGGGCAUCUCGCAGAUGCAGCCCCCGAUCCGCGACCUGCUCCCGCGGCUGACGCCGAUCCUGCGCAACCGGCACGAGAAGGUGCAGGAGAACACGAUCGACCUGGUGGGGCGGAUCGCGGACCGCGGGCCGGAGAGCGUCAACGCGCGCGAGUGGAUGCGGAUCUGCUUCGAGCUGCUCGACAUGCUCAAGGCGCAUAAGAAGGGCAUCAGGCGGGCGGCCAACAACACGUUCGGCUUCAUCGCCAAGGCCAUCGGGCCGCAGGAUGUGCUGGCGACGCUGCUCAACAACCUGCGGGUGCAGGAGCGGCAGUCGCGCGUCAACACGGCGGUGGCGAUCGGCAUCGUGGCGGAGACGUGCGCGCCCUUCACGGUGCUGCCGGCGCUGAUGAACGAGUACCGGGUGCCGGAGCUCAACGUGCAGAACGGCGUGCUCAAGUCGCUCUCGUUCCUGUUCGAGUACAUCGGCGAGAUGGCCAAGGACUACGUGUACGCGGUGACGCCGCUGCUGGAGGACGCGCUGACGGACCGAGACCAGGUGCACCGGCAGACGGCGGCGUCGGUGGUCAAGCACAUCGCGCUGGGCGUGGUCGGGCUCGGGUGCGAGGACGCCAUGGUGCACCUGCUCAACCUGCUGUACCCGAACCUGUUCGAGACGAGCCCGCACGUCAUCGACCGGAUCGUCGAGGCCAUAGAGGCCAUCCGCAUGGCCGUCGGGCCGGGCGUGGUGAUGAACUACGUCUGGGCCGGGCUCUUCCACCCGGCCAGGAAGGUGAGGACGCCGUACUGGCGCCUGUACAACGACGCCUACGUCCAGGGUGCCGACGCCAUGGUUCCUUAUUAUCCCAACUUGGAGGAGGACAAGAUAGACAGGCCAGAGUUGGCGAUUAUUCUGUAA